CUGCUGCUUAAAGCUUCGAGUCAGAAAUUCAGAAUCCCCUCCUCUGCACUCCGAAGUCUCCCCGCGACGGAAGGCAGCUUCUUCUUCCCUUAUUCAUCCGCUUCCCAAUCGCCGGAUCCCGGAGUACCUCGGGAACCAACCAGGACCAGGACCCCUCGUACCUCAUGUCAACAAACAGUCUGAGGUGGCGGCUCCAUCAUGCAGAUGUCGAUGGAAGGAAGAAUGAACAUGUUGACAUAUCCCAUGUAGAUUCCCUCGAUGAACCUCUAUUAGGGAAUUCUAGCUAUGACAACGGUGGAUCAGAGGCAUAUGACCCCAGAAGGCAAGAUUUGUGGGAUGAAUAUAGAAAGAAGGAACAACUACACUGGUCAUUUCUUUUCUCAAGUUUGAUUGCGCAAUGGGCACAGUGGUUUGCCAAUAUUAUUGUAAGCUCGGGGUCAAUUUUGGGCAGACUGUUUCCCUUUACGUCAGAUAACCAAACAUGUGAUCCAGUAUAUCUUAGUCCUUUGCAGGAAGAAAGAUUGGAUAAUUUAAGACGCAGGUUGCAAAUUCCUUUUGAUGGCUCCCGUAUUGAGCACCAAAACGCCUUGAGACAACUUUGGAAGUUAGCUUACCCAAGUCGUGAGAUCCCUCCGCUAAAAUCAGAACUAUGGAAGGAGAUGGGUUGGCAAGGCACUGAUCCAUCAACUGAUUUCAGGGGUGGUGGAUUCAUAUCGUUGGAGAACCUCAUCUUUUUCGCUAGGACCUACCCUGGUUCCUUUCAGAUGCUUCUGAAUAAAGUACAAGGGCAGAGAGCAGACUGGGAGUACCCUUUUGCAGUUGCUGGUAUCAACAUUUCAUUCAUGCUGAUACAGAUGUUGGAUCUACAAUCAAAAGUUCCAUCUUCAAAAUCAGGAAUUCGUUUCCUGGAACUACUAGGACGAGAUGAGAAUGCAUUUGAUCACCUGUACUGCAUAGCCUUCCGGAUGCUUGAUGCUCAGUGGCUUGUAAAACGUGCAUCUUAUAUGGAGUUCAAUGAGGUGAUGAAAUCCACGAGAACUCAGUUGGAGCGUGAGCUAGUUUUAGAGGAUGUACUGGCGGUGAAGGACCUGCCAUCUUACACAAUGCUGGACAAGUAAUAUUUACCUGUUGAGCUUUGCUGUACGCGUACGCGUCGUUCUGUUCUCCGAUACAGCGCCACUGUUAGUUCUGGGCCUGUAGAAUUUUACUUGGUUUUUCUUUAUUUGUCACGUCGACAAUUCCAUGUCUAGCCCAUUUAAAGAGCCCA